ACCCUCUCAAGCGGAAGCUGAGCCUGGAAACCCUCGCCGAGAAUGGGGUCCGCCCUCGAUGUCGUCAGAUUCGGGCGUUCAGGUACUUGUGCGAGUGCGACCACCAAGCAAGGGAGAGGAAGAAGGGGAUCCGAUUGUAGAAAAGAUCUCCUCAAACUCCAUUUCGAUCCUUGACCAUACCUUCACCUUUGACUCAGUAGCUGAUACCACUUCCACUCAGGAUGAUAUAUUUCGACUCGUCGGGCUUCCAUUGGUGGAGAACUGCUUGGCCGGGUUCAACAGUUCCAUAUUUGCGUAUGGGCAGACUGGUAGUGGAAAGACGUAUACGAUGUGGGGACCUCCGAGCGCUCUGUCCGAAGAUUCUUCGAGUAGUGAGUGGGGUUUGACUCCACGUGUUUUUGAGCGGCUUUUUUCUCGCAUAAAUGAAGAGCAAGCUAAGCAUUCCGACAAGCAGCUGAAUUACCAGUGUCAUUGUUCCUUUCUGGAGAUCUACAAUGAGCAAAUUACUGAUCUUUUGGACCCAACACAAAAGAAUCUUCAGAUUAGGGAAGAUGUUAAAGCUGGCAUUUAUGUUGACUGUUUGACAGAGGAGUAUGUGUAUACAAUGAAGGAUGUAAUCCGUCUGGUGAUAAAGGUCCAUUGAUUCUCUUCUUUUCCAAGUCAUAUUUUGUAGUUUGUUGAUCAAUUAAUAUUUCUCAAAGAACUUUUUAGGAGUUAUGUUCAGG